UGUCGUGCGCUCCUGUACCUGCUCUCCAUGCGCUACAAUCUCACCUGAAUUGUUUUAGAAAUGGAUUUUCCUCCCUACUACGCUUUCGGUGAUUUUAACGACUCGGUCUCCAUAACUCCUUUCAAUGUAACGUUUACCGAGGAUCCGCUGCGCAAUUUGACCAACAACGCUACAGCCAGGAACACUACAAGUCUCAUCAUCGCUGUCUGUAUCACAGCUCUCUACUCUCUCAUCUGUGUGGGGGGACUGCUUGGAAACGUGCUUGUAAUGUACGGGGUGGUCAGGUACACCAAGAUGAAGACCGCCACCAACAUCUACAUCUUCAACCUGGCUCUCGCUGACGCUCUUGCCACCAGCACCCUCCCCUUCCAGAGCGCCAAGUACCUGAUGAGGACAUGGCCCUUUGGGGAGGUGUUGUGUAAAGUGGUCAUCGCCAUCGACUACUACAACAUGUUCACCAGCAUCUUUACGCUCACCAUGAUGAGCGUGGACCGCUACAUCGCCGUUUGUCAUCCAGUGAGGGCCCUGGACUUCCGCACGCCUGCCAAAGCCAAACUCAUCAACAUCUGCAUCUGGAUCCUCUCCUCAGCCAUCGGAGUCCCUGUGAUGAUCAUGGCUGUUACCGUGGUGAAAGAGGAAGGAAACACUGCCUGCGAACUCAGUUUCCCCAAACCUGAGUCGUACUGGGACACAGUGAUGAAAAUCUGCGUGUUCAUCUUCGCCUUCGUGGUCCCCGUCCUGGUCAUCACCGUCUGCUACGGUCUGAUGAUCCUGCGGCUCAAGAGUGUCCGUCUGCUCUCCGGCUCCAAAGAGAAGGAUAGAAACCUGCGACGGAUCACCCGCAUGGUCCUGGUGAUCGUGGGGGCCUUCAUCAUCUGCUGGACUCCCAUCCACAUCUUCAUCAUUCUCAUGACUAUGGUGCAUAUCGACCGCAAGAACCUCCUGGUGAUGGCCAGCUGGCAUCUGUGCAUCGCGCUGGGCUACACCAACAGCAGUCUCAACCCUGUGCUGUACGCCUUCUUGGAUGAGAACUUCAAAAGGUGCUUCAGGGAUUUCUGCCUGCCCUAUCGCUCCCGCCUGGAGCAGAACAGCUUCUCCAGAGCGCGCAAUAGCAAAAAGGAGCCCGUGUCUGUUUGUGCUCCUGCGACAACACAGAGACAAACGGCCUGACUAGGCAUGGAUCAGUUGGGGGGAAGAACAGAUCAGGGGGACCUCCAGACCGAGGUCACACAGUUCUCCAGCACAGGAGUCUGAGUCUGCAGAUGUCUCCUUUUGUCCUGCCAUUUAUGUAAAUUAUCGAUUGUGUUUUUGGUCUCAUAUAAUGAAACUUAUGAGACACAAUUCUUUAACAAACAUGCCUGUGUGUGCCUGUGCAUAAGGAAAUGGAAUACAGAUGUUCAUCCUUGGAGUGUACAAAGCACAUGCAUAAUGCAAACACACAUACAGUGCAGUCGCAAAGUAUUGGGAUAGUGAUGUGUUUUUCAUUGUUUUGGCUCUGCACAACAAAAAAAAAAUAGGAGGUUAAAGUGCUGACUCUAAGCUUUGUUUGUAGGUCUUCACAUCCAUAUUAGGUGAACAAUGUAGGACUCUAAACACACAGACAGGGCCACUAAGAGGAGUCUUUUUAUGGCCGAGCAGUGGCAGAUGUAUGAUUGGGCGAGUCAGGCAUGUGACCUCAAUCCAACAGAUAAUGUGUUUCACUUGAUGAAGAACAGACUGACUAUGUAAAUCAAAGUACAACGUAAGGUCCCGUGUAACAGAAAGAAGUGACGACGGCUGCAGUACAGAGCCGGCAGAGGGUCAACAGGGAAGAUACUGCUGGCUGCUGAUGACUGUGGGUCACAGACUUCAGCCAAUCUGUUAUAUCUGUUAUCUGUCAUAUUCAGCCAAUAUGAUGACUUAAUUCAGAUUAUUGUUAGCUUGUAAAAUUACUUUUUAUCCUUAAAAUUAGGAUAGCAUUUAUAAAAGACUACAAUUUGUUGAUGAAACCUUUAAACCUGAGAUAUCUACUUUCUUAACCGCUAGUGGGCAGAGGGAAUAGCUGUAAAACACAAAAAUCACCUUUGUAUAUGGCUAUGACAAACUUGCCUAUUUACACAUCCAGCAGUUACAGAGCAACAUUAUAAUUCAUUUUAAGUCGUGUUUCUUGCUCUUUAGCUGCUAAAAGCUCACCACCAGUAAUUCGCUAACUGUUUCUGUUUGCUUUUUGGUGUUGUGUACAAUCGUUUUUUGGAGCCUUUCUUCUGAAAACGACACUAUGAGUACAGUGAGACUGAACCAGAAAAAUAAAGUGGGCUCUAAACACCAAAACAAUAAGCUGAAAGAUGCUAUAAUGCUUUGUAGAGCUGAAGGCAACAGCAGAGUCUAGUGAUAAUUAUCUGUGGGUUUGUCAUUAUGAGUGACUCAUUUUACAUUACACAUAAUCAUUUCACCCAUUUUUUAUAUAAAUUGUGCUUUUAUAGCGUCUUUAAAGCUGGGUUUCUGUUUAAUUUCACGUCCAAAUGAGUACAGAGCCAAUGCAAUGAAAAAUGUGUCUCCAUCCUAACACUGUCUAAAUGCAGUUGCAAUGCUGUUUAUCUAGACUGGUAAUAGUAUCGUCACUCAACCUCAUUAGGGUGGUAAUGUGAAUCCAGUAGCGUGAAUGUUUAGUUGAGACUAUAUUAAGACUAAUUUCAUGCUCGUUCUUGUGAUCGAAAGAAGAGAAACCAUUUUUAAAAGACGUGAUUUCAUUCUACAUGACCACAGCACCAUAUUUCAGUGUCAUUGCCCCCCACAUCAGAUACAUCAUGAAAGAUCUUUGUGAAAGAAACCUUUAAUAACUUGAAAAUACGGCCUUCAUGAUUAAGCAGAGAUGACUGACACUUCCCGUGUAUAUUCACCAUGAACAUCAGUGUUCAGCUGACUUUAUUUCUACUACUCAGCUGAAAGUUAACUGAGGAGCUAAAGGCAAACGUGUUACUGCUGUUUUAAUAGUUGUGACUAAAUGACCUCAAACUGGCACGGAGGCAAGUCUGAAUCGGAUCAAACGCAUUAGCAGAGAAGAAGCUUCCUACACAUAUUACAGCUAAUGGAAAAGUUUCCACUGAGGAUCUCUGUGCACUUGCAGGAAGAGAUUAUGACAAUGAGAAGACAUUUGUUUUGCAGAUUUUGGAGAAGAAUCAAACCAAUGCCUCUCAUCUUGCUAAUGCAGCAGUGCAGUUUUGUUUAAAAAGGCUUCUAUAUAUCAAAUGUAAUGAUAAUAUUGUUCUGUCACAGCAUAUUAAAUGAUACAGUGAUUCAUUUUGUUUCAAUGUGCUGUCAAGCUGUUGUACCAUUAAGCUUAAUUUGAAACCAGUUAGUAAAAUCAAAUAUUAAAUGACUAUGUAUUUACACUAAGCGCUAUAAAUGUUAGUUAAAGCUUUCAAAAUCGUCAAAAAGUAAUUAUUUUUCGUAUCGCCUAUCACCAUCACUGAAGAGCAUUUGUAAAUGUUUUCUGUAGUCGGCAAUAUGUUCAGCUGAUUGAAAAUAUGUACCGUAUUGCCUUAUUCAGCAUUAUGUUCUUUUUGCAAAAAGUGAAUUGUUCUGUUGAGAAAAGCAGCAGAUAGAUUAUAUAAAGACAUUAUAUAUAUAUGUCUUUUGGACACAAGUUGUAUCUUGUGUUUUAAUUUGAAAUAUUCUUGUAAAUAACUUUCAGUUUUAUUCCAAUAUUUUGUGUUUUCUGUGGUUGUUAUUACAUAUGUUGUUAACAUUUAUACUCUUUGUAAAUGCCAGUGAGGCCUCAUGGGAAUUAGACAUGGAAUGGAUUAUUGAUCGGGGGGCAAUGUUGUUGACAGGGACAAAUACGACACAUCUAAAGUGCAUAUUUAAAUGAAAGCAUAUUAUGAAAUAAGUCAGGGAUGAUAUGAGGUUUCUGGCCACCAGAUGCAUUGGAGAGUUAUCUAUGUGUACAAUGUAUCAAUACAAAAAAUUAGGUUCUGAUAUUACUAUCGUGGCUUAUUUAUGUGUUUAAAUAGUUUUUGGAUAACAAUCGAGCUCUAUGGCACAGAAUAAUAAGAUAUAUCAGGAUUUAGUAAGAUCAAUUCAUCGUUGUCUUUUUGUCUUUUCACACGAUCUGUUGAUAAUAAGACAAAUACACAGUCACAUCCUUUUAACUGUUGUUAAAGUGACACAGGCACAAAGCCCUGAAUGACAAAUUCACACUAGCACUACAUCAAUGUUUUGGUAUACUCAUCUUGGAGGAAAAAAAAGGAAUGAAAUAAACCACUGAACUAUCUUUUUUUAAAUAAUUCAGAUUCUCAUUAAAUUCGGAUUAUGUACUCUCGACUGCACGGGUCACACUGUUUUAUACUGUCUAUGGUCACACUGUAGCCUAGAAAUCUAGAC